AUGACAGAUCUAUCGCUGUAUUCUGUGCAAGCAAUUUUGAUAUUGGACGGUUCUGGUAACCGUGUUUAUGCCAAUUACUAUAGGCCACCUCAUCAACCUGAAGAGCAGUUGAGUGUUUUAUCGCAGUCCGUCAAGAAACAAAAGGAAUUUGAGAAGCAACUGUUUGCUAAGACUCAUAAGCAUGAUUCUGAGAUUUUAAUCUUUGAAGAUCAUCUGGUUUUGUACAAAGAAUAUUUGGAUGUGACUCUUUACUUGAUUGGAUCAAUUGAGGAGAACGAGAUGGUUCUGCAAUUAGCAUUUACUGCAUUUAAGGAUUCGUUAGAUUUAAUCCUGAAUUCUGGUAUUGACAAGAAAAACAUCCAAGAGCAUUACGACACGGUUUUAUUGGCGAUUGAUGAAACAAUUGAUCACGGUGUCAUCUUAGAGACCGAUCCUGCGGCUAUCGCAUCACGAGUGACAAAACCACCUGUCAACGAACCUCAGAUAUCACUUGAUUUAGAUAAAGGGCUGCUUGGUGCUUGGGGAUUUGCUAAGAGCAGACUACAGGAAAAAUUGCAACAAGGAAUUUAA